AUGAAUCAAGUAGUUGAACAGAAUCUAUCAAAUCUAGUUCAACAGUUAACUACAUCCGGUUCGAAAACAUUGAACGAAGAGAAAAUAAAACAACUUAAACAGAUUUGCAAGCAAACUGAAGUCAACAUUGAAUACUGUUAUCGUUUAUUGAUUGCUCAACUUGAUAAAUAUCAUUCUGAAAUUCGCUUUUCAACAGUUCAAAUAAUUGAUCAACUUUUUAAUCGUUCUCAACAUUUUCGCACGCUAUUGCUUAAUGAUUUUAACUGUCUUAUUGAUAAAUGUCUCGGAUUGACUGUUGACAAUCAAUUACCUCCACCAAAUCAAAUAGCAAAACUAUUAAAACAAUUCACAGCCACAUGUAUUAAAAAAUGGCAUGAAAAAUUUGGUACAACUUAUAAACUACUUGAUGUUAGUUAUAAUUAUUUAAAAAAUUGUAAAUAUUUAAAUUUUGAUAAUGUUGACGAGCCAAUCGGUAUUACUGCGCAAUUAGAACGUGAGCGCAAUGAAGCUAAUCAAAUUCGUCUGACACAAAAACUUGAAAAUGCCACUCAAGAACUGAAUGAAACGUCGAACGAAAUUUCUUCGUGCAUAAACCAAACAGAAAAUUGUCUUAGUUUACUGGUAUCUAGUAAUAUGAAAACAUCGAUUUCGACAAUACCUACAGAAUCAAUCGAACAAAGCAAUAAUAACGAUGACGACGACGAUGAUGAUGAUGAUGAUGAUAAUGACGAUGAUUUUAUAGAUGUUCCUCUGGGACCAACAAAGAAUAACGAUCAAGAACUUCUUCAGCUACUUGGUCUUGGAACUGCGGGAAAAUUAAAUAUUACAAUAGAUCUCAAUGAACGGUCUAGAUCGUCUUCUUUAGUUAAUGUUGAAAUAACAGAUGAUAAUCGUACAUUAGUUGAAAAUCUUCAUGAUCUCUAUCGACAAUUAAAUGAGGUUUAUUUAAGUAAAAUUCAAAACUGGAUGAAUAUUUUUAUCAAAGUUCAACAAAAUUCCAAUGGACAACAAACAGCAAUAGCUAUGAAACGAGCAAUUGAUUUAAAAAAUUCAAUUCAAUCUUGUUUGAAAAUGGUUGAAAACUAUCGCCUAGCACCAAAAAAAUCGGUACUUCCAAAAAAAACAGCUACGAGACUUGAUGUUCAACCUGUAACUCAACGCUCGCCUAUUGAAUCGAGAACAACACCAUUUAUCACUGACGAUGAAAUAAAGUAUUUCUUUCAUGAUGAUUCUGAAUGUAUAAAACGUAGUUUCACACAACCUGAUGUUCAAAAUGCUUUUGUACGUCCUACAGAACGAGAUGAUGCGUCUGAAAGUUUAAAUUAUUCUCUACUGAUGCAUAAACGUACUUUUGUUCAUGAAUUGCCUCCUAUCAAAUGGAAAUGUCGAGCACCACUAGGCAAUAGUAAAUUGUGUGAGCGCAUGGAUCGAUAUAAAUGUCCAUUUCAUGGUCGUAUAAUUGCUCGCGACGAACAAGGUCAACCCGUUGACGAAACACUUCGCAUUCAAGAACAAGAAAAACUAACAAAAAAACGCACUAUUCCUGAAUGGCAAGAUCCUGAAAUGUUAGAAGAUAUUCGUUUAGCGACUGGCGUUGAUUUAAAAAUCAACCAAGGAAAUAAAACAAAGAAAAAGAAGAAAAAUGAAUCUGGUUUAACUGAACUUGGCAUUGAAGAAAAUACGCCACGAAAUCGAUUAGAAAAAAUAAUAUUCAAUCAAUCAUCACUUAAGCGUAUUGGUGCCGCACUGGAUCGUGAUGAACGACGUCGAAACGAAGAAAAAUUUCAUCAUCAAUUUAAUUACUCUUUAAAUAAUUAA